GCAUCGUUAGAGUGUCAGUGUUGGUUCGUUCACGCUCGUGAAAAGAGAAUAUCAAACGGUUAAUUAUAAUUAGUGAAAUAUGAGCGAGUCGUACGACAUCGAUGAGUACUACAAGGUCGCCGAAGGACUUGUUUUAAAAGCAGGAAAUGUGAUAGAGAAUGCCAUUAAUUUAAAUAAAAGUGUUAAAAGCAAGGGGAUUGACUGGGACCUUGUCACGGAAUAUGACAAAAAAAUAGAAGAUGAUUUACAGAAACAAUUAUUAAAAAUGUAUCCACAUCACAGAUUUAUUGGCGAAGAAACGACUGCUGAAGAGAAUUGUUUGCCAAAAUUAAGUGAUGAACCAACAUGGAUCAUAGAUCCUAUAGAUGGCACGACAAAUUUCGUUCACCGAUUUCCGCACACGUGUAUUUCCUUAGCAUUAUUGAUAAAUAAGAAAAUAGAAAUCGGAAUGGUGUACAAUCCACUGAUGCGACAAUUUUUUUCCGCAAAGAGGCAGAAGGGAGCUUUUUUAAAUGGACAUCCUAUAAAAACAUCAAAUAUAACAGAAAUCUCUCAAACAUUAGUUGCAAUGGAACCAUGGAUUGCCAAGGAUCCGAAUUAUCUAGUCAGCAUAUACAGCAGAAUGCAUGCUUUAAUCCAAGGAACUCACGGAAUAAGAUCAUUAGGUACUGCUGCUCUUACAUUAUGUUAUGUUGCAAUGGGUGCAAUAGAAGCAUAUCAUGUUGAAAGUAUAGAUGCCUGGGAUGUUGCUGCAGGCAAACUAAUAAUAGAAGAAGCAGGAGGAAUAGUAAUAGACACAGCUGGUGGAGAGUUGAAUUUGCUAACACCAAGAGUCAUAGCAGCGUGCAACCAACAGAUUGCUGAUCAACUAGUCAACUUAUUUAAAAGUGCUGAUUUGAAAGCUAUUGAUAAAAAUUUAAGAUGAACCUGAUAAUUUCAUUAAGAACCAUGUAAAUAGUACAUUCUACAUAUGUAUAAAUUAUAAAUAAAAUAAGUUCAAAUUUUAA